GAAUGGGUUUCUUCUUUCUCAACUGCAGCCACCUUGUGGGGCAACACAAAACGUGCUGUUACCAGGUCCCGGGUUAUGCGAGGAAUUAUCGAGAGGCGUCCCAGCCCGUAUAACACUUAUCCGCCUUCACCUUACGAGCUUAGGAGAGCAUUAAUCGUAGUUUCAGCUAUAUUUGCUAGCCUAACACAGUCGCUCACGUGUACAGAUAAUUUUGCAGAGGGAGGCACUGACGAUCUUUCACACACUCCAUCCUUCCUUCCACCCACCACAAAACCGACGAUCACCUAUCGAGUCACUCCUCCAGUGAUUCAACAACUCCACCCUCCUGCCAACCAUCCCAUCUUCCACGCAUCUACGGAUCCGUAGGCGAACCCUGAUCCAUCUCACACCAAAUUGACAAUGCGCGCCCUCCUUCCCCUCGCCCUCUGCGUCCUCACAGCCGCGUACGGGCUUCAAGACGACUCCUCGCCAUCCACGCCCACCGAGAGCGUAGCCCCCAUAUUGACCUUCGAUACCAAGAGCGGGGUGUACGUGCUUCCGAGCACCGUUGUCACAACACCGACAGAGUCGGCUGGAAGUAGCUCGGCGGUGGUUACGGGCGCGCCGGCCGCAAGCGCGAGUUCGAGUUCGAGUCCAAGUGCCAGCGGUGGGGCUGGUGGGACAAACGGUGUGACCCUCCCGGCGAGUGGGUCAGGGAGUCCGAGCCCGAGUUCGACGGUUGGGACGGGGGCUGGUAGUGGGAUGGGAGUGCAUGAGGGUUUGAUUGGGGCUGUGGUGGGCGCUGUUGGUUUAGCCCAGGUUGUGUUAUAGAUGUUGUAGUGAUGACAGAAUGAUAGUGUAAGACCGGAUAGGGAAAGAGGGCGAGUGGGAGAAGCAGGGAACAAGACAGCAAGGGAGACCUGGAUUCAAUCGCAUUAGAUGAAGUUCCGGGUAGUGGUACUCGUGACAACUUGGAGAAAAUCCGGUAUAAGACAUUGUAAAUAGUGCUAUAAGGCAGAAGAUAACUAACCUAUGUGUAAGAAAAAGGUAGAUGUAGUACUAGAAUAGUAUACAAUGCAAUAUUAUACCUUAUAGGA